AUGUUAAGGGAAUGCAUGUGUAUCAUAGAUGUGGCAUCUCUCCCGACAAAAGACGGGAUUAUCGCAGUAAAAUCGUCAUUUACUGGCAUCUGUUGGAAGCAGUCAUUUUUGACAAGAUUACACAAUUUGUUAGAGUUGUUCAUACUACUGCAAAGCAUGGAUAUUAUUUUUUUCAAGUUUAUAUUCCUCAAUGAAUCGCAAGCAGACCCUCAAUGUGACCUCAAAGAAUAUAUCAAUAAAGAAUAUUUUGCUGGAGUAUGGCUUUCUCUAGUAGGCUAUACACAGGGAAAUGAUCGUGCAGAAAAAGUUAUACAAGUAUCCAUGAGAUUUGGUCAACAUUUUAGACAUGCAAUCAAUAUUUUACUGAACGUCAAGCAAGGAAGGGUGGAAAUGAAGCAAUUUAUUCUAGAACAAGGCGUCGACCCCAAAAACAUUGAAGAUCUUAUUUUUCAAGAUGCAACUCAGACCGCAAAAAAUCAACAUACGUCCUACAAACAUGGCUUUACUGCCACAAAAUUCACGGCGCAACCUGAAAAUCACUUUAUGGCCUUUGUUCAACUAGCUCGCCUACUCGAAACAUUAGGCUUAUCCCCUUUUCGUUACUUCCCUCUCCGUCGUUCAUGGUCACCUGGUAAUAUUGAUAAGCUGGAUUACUGGAAGCAAGUGGUUGACCUAAAUGCGAAACCUUUUAAAGCUCAAGAAGAGAACAAGCUCCUUAGGAUUUGUGAAAAGAUUAGACAAGCAGAUGAGAAAUUCGAGUAUAUCAGUGAUUUAAGCGCUCAAGAACAUAAAGCUAUGAAUGGUCGAGUGUUGCUAUUGAUCCCGGAAGAAGAGACCUUUUGUUUUGUGCCGAUGAAAAAUCUACUGUGGAAAUCCCUACUAAGUUUCGAUAUACUAAGCAGGACCAGACAAUCCAAAACGUAUCGUAAUAUUCUACAAGCAAUGAAGUUGAACAAUCCCGCUGUUUAUCAAGCCGAGAAUAUUCUUGCGUAA